AUGUUACCACAGAAAGAAGUCGACCCAUCGGCUUCGUCAACAACGCUCCAAGACAAUCCACCUAGCGAAGACAACAUUUCAGCCGAACAUACCUACGAUGAAGAAAUCCACCAACUAGCUCGAAGGCUCACAAGCCACUCUGCAGCAUCAGGCCACGGCCCUCUAUUUCCUCUAAACGGCAACAGCUCUCUCGACCCCGAAAGCCCCAAUUUCAACGCGAAGAAAUGGGCCAAGGCGUUCCUCAAGACUCGCACCGCUGCCUCCGAUGGCAAUGCCCCAAGAACAGCCGGUAUCGCUUUCAAAAACCUCAACGCGUUCGGCUUCGGACAAGCCACCGAUUUCCAGAACACGUUGGUCAACGUCGUACUCAACGCUACAAGUCUCGUGAGGAAGAUCGGCGGGUACAAGGGUCAGCGCAUCGACAUCCUCCGAAACCUUGAUGGGUUGGUGGAAGCAGGCGAGAUGCUUUGCGUCCUUGGACCUCCAGGUUCUGGUUGCUCGACUCUCCUCCGCAGCAUUUCUGGUGAAACGCAUGGUUUCCACUUUGGCGAGGAGUCUAUUCUCAACUAUCAAGGCAUCCGACCGGAGCAAAUGAAGAAGGCCUACAAAGGCGAAGCUAUCUACACUGCUGAGGUCGAUCACCACUUCCCUCACCUCACCGUUGGCGACACCCUUUACUUCGCUGCCCGCUGCCGCUGUCCUCCGAAUGACAAGCUUCCCGAGGGCGUGACAGCGCAUGAAUACGCUGAACAUCUGCGUGAUGUUAUCAUGGCUAUGUUCGGCAUUUCACACACCAAGAAUACGAGAGUCGGUAACGAUUUUGUGCGUGGUGUGAGUGGCGGCGAACGCAAGAGAGUUACCAUCGCGGAGGCAGCUCUUGGUUACUCCCCUCUGCAGUGCUGGGACAACAGUACACGUGGUCUCGAUAGCGCCAACGCGGUUGAGUUCUGUCGCGUCCUUCGCACGCAAGCCGACGUCCUCGGUAUUUCGUCUUGUGUCGCCAUUUAUCAAGCGCCGCAAAGCGCUUAUGAUCUGUUCGACAAGGUCGUCGUCUUGUACGAAGGUCGUCAGAUCUUCUUUGGAAGAACAGGAGACGCGCAAGCCUAUUUCGAGAACCUGGGCUUCGUGUGCCCUGAGCAGCAGACAACCGCCGACUUCCUCACCUCGAUGACCAAUCCGACCGAACGAAUCGUCCGCCCUGGUGCCAACCCUCCUCGCACAGCUGACGAAUUUGCUCUUGCGUGGAGGAACAGCCAGUCGCGCUCUCGGCUGAUUGAUGAGAUCGACUACUACAUUGAGCAGCACCCCUUCGAUGGCCCAGACCUUCAACGGUUCUCUGAAUCGCGACGACUCGACCAAGCGCGCGCUCAACGCGAGAAAUCGCCUUUCAACUUGUCUUUCUGGCAGCAGUACACCAUCAAUCUCUGGAGAAGCGUCAAGAUGCUCGUCGGCGACCCAACGAUUACCCUCACCAUGCUCAUCACCAACAUAUUCCAAGCCUUGAUCAUUUCCAGCAUUUUCUACAACAUGCCUCGCGACACUACCAGCUUCUUCCGUCGCACGAUGUUACUCUUCUUUAUUGUCAUCAUGAAUGCAUUCGGCAGUAUUCUCGAGAUCAUGACCCUCUACGAGAAGAGGAAGAUCGUCGAGAAGCAGUCCCGCUACGCGUUCUAUCACCCUAGCGCUGAAGCGCUGUCCGCCAUGGUCACUGAUCUUCCCUACAAGGUCAUCAACGCUAUUCUCAUGAACACGACGUUGUACUUCAUGUGUAACCUUCGACGCGAACCGGGGCCGUUCUUCGCCUUUUUGUUGUUUACCUUCACUCUCACGAUGUGCAUGUCGAUGAUGUUCCGCUUCAUCGGCUCAGCGACCAAGUCUAUCUCUCAAGCACUGGCGCCCGCUUGUAUUAUUCUUCUUGGUCUGGUUUUGUACGCCGGAUUUGCAAUUCCGACGGGCUAUAUGCAGAAUUGGCUCGCCUGGAUUCGGUGGAUCAAUCCCGUUUUCUAUGGUCUCGAGAGUGUCUUUUUGAUUGAGUUCCACGGUCAGGAUUAUCCUUGUUCGAGCUUCGUUCCCAGUGGACCUGGUUACGAGAACCUGAGUUCGGGCGAACGUGUGUGCAAUGUCGCUGGCUCUGUCCCUGGACAAUCAUUCGUCAGAGGCCAAGAUUAUUUGCGCACUUCGUUCGGUUUUGUCAACAGCCAUCGAUGGAGGAAUCUUGGUGUUCUCAUUGCAUGGGCUUUUUUCUACAUGAUCCUCCAUCUUAUGACAACUGAGUUUGUUGCUUCUGAGCGCUCCAAGGGUGAAGUACUCGUCUUCCUCCGCCAAUCAAUUAGCAAGGCCACUGGUAAGCGCGCCCACGAUGAAGAGGCCGGUUCUUCUAUGCCUGUGGGUAAGCAGGAGGCGUCUGGCAACUCGAGCGAGAAGGUCGAAGUUGAGAGGCAAACUUCCGUGUUUCAUUGGAAGGAUGUCUGCUACGAUAUCAAGAUCAAGGGCGAGGAUCGCAGGAUUCUAGACCACGUCGACGGUUGGGUCAAGCCCGGUACUCUGACGGCUCUCAUGGGUGUCUCUGGUGCCGGCAAAACCACCCUACUUGACGUUCUCGCUAGCCGUGUCACCAUGGGUGUCGUUUCCGGCGAAAUGCUUGUCAACGGACAUCAGCGCGAUUCUUCCUUCCAACGAAAGACCGGAUACGUGACGCAGCAAGAUCUUCACCAGGCCAGCUCGACGGUCCGAGAAGCCCUACGAUUCAGCGCCAUCCUGCGACAACCAGCGAAGUACAGCAAGCAAGAACGCAUUGACUACGUCGAUACUGUCAUUUCGCUACUUGGAAUGGAGGCUUAUGCUGACGCCAUCAUCGGUGUUCCUGGAGAAGGUCUCAAUGUUGAACAACGCAAGAGACUUACCAUCGGUGUCGAACUUGUUGCCCGGCCCCAGCUCCUUCUCUUCCUCGACGAACCGACUUCCGGUCUUGAUAGUCAGACUUCUUGGUCUAUCUGUGAUCUGAUGGAAACGUUGACCAAGAGUGGUCAGGCUAUCUUGUGUACCAUCCACCAACCUUCGGCUAUGCUCUUUCAACGGUUCGACAGACUUCUUCUUCUCGCCAAGGGUGGUAAGACUGUCUAUUUUGGUCAAGUCGGUCAGAAUUCGCAGGUUUUGAUGGACUACUUCACUCGCAAUGGAGGACCUGCUCUACCCGCCAAGGCGAAUCCAGCGGAGCAUAUGCUCGAGGUUAUUGGGGCAGCUCCAGGUGCUCAUACUGAUGUCGAUUGGCCCGCUAUCUGGAGACAGUCGCCCGAAUACAAGGCUGUGCAAGAUGAGCUUGAGUCUCUCAAAUCUUCAAGCGGUUCGAUUGAAGCACCUGCACCAAGUGGGGAUCCGUCCGAGUACAAGGAAUUUGCGUCUUCUUACCCGACUCAACUGUGGGAGGUAACCAAGCGACUCUUCCAAGGAUACUGGAGAAACCCUCAGUACAUGUACUCCAAAGUUCUUCUUUCUGUCGGCGCUGCUCUGUUCAUCGGACUCUCGGUUAUGAACGGCAACAAUACGAUGCGCGGGCUUCAGAACCAGAUGUUCGGUGUCUUCUUGUUCUUGACCAUCUUCUCUCAGGUCGCUGAACAAAUGAUGCCGGUAUUCGUGCAACAAAGGACUCUUUACGAGGCUCGGGAACGUCCCUCCAAGACUUACUCGUGGCAAUCCUUCAUGUUCGCCAACAUCACCGUCGAGCUUGUUUGGAACUCGUUCAUCGGUGUCUUCUCCUUUAUCGUUUGGUACUAUCCCAUCGGCCUCUACCGCAACGCUGAAUGGACCAACCAAGUCGACUCCCGCGGCAUCACCAUCUUUUUGCACGUCUGGAUGUUCUUUCUCCUCGCCUCGACAUUCACGCACAUGAUCAUCGCCGGUCUUCCCGAUCCCGACACCGCAGCCGGUAUCCUCAACUUGCUCUUCAUCAUGAUGUUCGCAUUUUGUGGUGUGCUCGCAGGACCCGAUGCACUCCCCCGUUUCUGGAUCUUCAUGUACCGCGUCAACCCCUUCACUUACGUCGUCGAAGGCUUCCUUGGCACCACGCUCGCUAAUGCGCCUGUCACCUGCGCUCAGAACGAGAUCUUGAACUUUAGUCCCACGAAUGGAUCUACUUGCACCGAGUUUUUGUCUGAUUACAUCUCUGGUCACGGCGGGUAUCUUGCAGAGGGCAGUGGAAGUAGCACUACAGAGUGUCUCUACUGUCCUAUGGCCAGCACGAACGCCUUCCUGAAGACGAUCAACAUUACCUUUGAUCACCGAUGGAGGAACUUUGGUCUGCUUUGGGUUUAUGUUUUCUUUAAUUGUGCUGCCGCUGUUGCUAUCUACUGGCUUGUGCGGGUGCCGAAGAAGGGUAAGGGUAAGAACUAG